AAUCGGUGGGUUGUUGCUGAUGGGUGGGGUUUAUUGUAUUUGAUUACCAUGACAACCACUUCAAGGACCAAACAUUUCGACAAAGGAAAAGCUGACGACAUUUAGCACUUGUACUUUGACGAGGUUUAUGUCAAUCAAUUGAAAAUGGCUGCUGAAGAUUCGUGGGUCUUUGAUUCUCUCGUCUGUUUCCUGCAUGGACCAGUUUGGAAUGCGCCACUUCAAACUUUUAUCGAGCAAAAGUCCUUGGUCUUCGAUCCGAAUUUGCAGCUGGAUGAGAACAAUGAAGAUAUAAGACAAAUCCACGAGGAAUACAAGAAUUUGGUGGACUUUAUGCUGGGCAGCUUUAUGGAGGAGAUGCACAUAACACCCGAGCAAUUUGAGCUGGCUUGCCUGGAGGGGCGCCAGCAAGGUCCGGGUGAGAAUCCAUUUCAGUUUCAUCAGGUGCUCUUUCAGCAGAUAUGGGCCGCCAACGAUUUGAAAAUCUUUAUACGCAUGAUGACGCAACGGAAUGUGGAGCUGCAGCUGCAGGCACUCGAUCUCAUUGAGAAGCAUCAAUUGGCACGCAUCUCCUCCGCGGAGCUGGCCGAAGAUGAGAAGAGCGCAACGGGCUCAGCGCAGGGUGAUGCUGUUGCCGAAGUGGAGCAACUGAUUGCUAAAACUGUUGCGGAUGAGCUCGAAAGUCCAGAGGCAGCGCUGACGCCCGAGCAGGAUGGUAGCCUGGAGCUGGUCAACGAUAAGUUUCAACGCUUGAAUCUCUUCUUCGAGCAGGAGGACAAGGUAGAUCCCAAUGAUGUCGUCUCUCGGCAGGAGUACCUGCGUCAGCAGCGCGACAAGAUUGUCGAGAUCAAGAAACAAACGCGCGCCAAGCAGCUGCAGGAUACAGUGGCACGCAGCACGCCCGGAGCACGUCCCAGUUCCGCGCAGGUGGCGCAGCAGCUGCUCGAGACGCCGGAGCUGGCGCUGCCUCCAGCGUCAGUGGAUGAGGCCGAGAAUACGGCGCUUCAACUGCGACGUACGCUGGCCAAACGUCUGCGCAACGAGGUCGUCGAGCACAAUUAGAACAGCAAUUUAAAGAAGGCUACUU